CGGACGAACAGUGGAAAAGCAUGGCGACUUACAGUGGUUGUUGAUAUGUAGGAUUGAAAUUGUUUCUAUUUGGCGUGCAUUAGUGUGUCUUUCUGUGUGGACCUGGUGGUCGAGUCCUUUUCUGAAAAGUCAUGGCUUGCAGAACAGCAUGUCAAAUGUUACAGCGGCGUCUGGCGUCCAGUGCUGCGACUUCUGCUCGGCUGUCGUCGGCAGAGCUGCGGAGUCGACGCAGCUCCCUGUUUUCAGAGGAGCAGGCGCGUCAACGGGCGCUGUAUCCACGCAUAGAAAAGAUUGAAGUUCAAAUGCAGGGGCCAGGUCUACAAGGAACACUCCUGGUCAUGAACAAAGGACUGUCCACACCUCAUAGCUGUGCACGCCACUUGAGUGAAUGGCAUUUGGAGAGUGCAGUGCUGGCGCUUGUAGAUGGGGAGGCAUGGCCUCUUCACAAGCCUCUCACACGCUCCUGCGCCCUCACACUGCUCACCUUCAAAGAUACCAACCCACUGUUAGCCAACCAGGCCUAUUGGAGGUCUUGUGCAGCCCUCCUUGGUCAGGUUCUUCAGAAUGCCUUCAAGGAUGAUUUCACUGUCGAGCUUCUAAAGACUCCUGAAGUUCCAGUGACAUCAGGAGCAUUCUGCUGCGAUGUAGUGUUGGACCCUCAGUUAGACUCGUGGACACCCGCAGAGGAGGCGCUGCAUUCUCUCACCCGUGAUGCUCAGCAGCUUAUCCAUAGAGAUCUGCCCUGGGAGCCCCUGGAAGUGGCGCCCCCUGUGGCUCUGGACAUCUUUGCCCACAGCAGGUGUAAGCAGACAGAGGUGGAGGAAUUGGCAGCUCAUAGCACCAGUGGCACAGUAAGCAUUUACCGAUGUGGAGACCACGUUACGUUGAGUGGAGGCCCCCUAGUGGCCAGAACAGGACUGUGCAUGCAGUAUGAGGUGACGGCUCUGCACAGCCUUGGCCAGGGAGCCUGGGGUCUCCAUCGCAGGGCGCAGGGCCUCUCCCUCCCCCAGCAACUACAGGCUCAUCACACAGUUUGGAGGAAGCUGCGAAAGAGGGCGAUGAAACUGGUAGAGGUAACACCGUCCUCAGCCAAUCCGACUGCUGCACUUCCUUCUGAAUCCAGUCAUCUGCAGGAUCCAGCUCUUCCUAUCCAUCAGUGACACUCACACACACACACACACACACACACACACACACACACCAUAAUCUCCAGACCCAAAAUUGUUUAGUGUCUUGUCCUUAAAUAAAUAUUUGAAAUCUGUGUGUA